UGUAUAAUUUCAGGUUUCUCAUGUUGCUUCCUGCGAUUCACAGACGCAUCAGCCUCCGAUUUCGACCUGCGUUGGCUCUGUCUCUCUCAUCGGCGACUCAAGGCUUCAACCUCUGAUUCAGUCUCCACUUCUGUCGUGGACUCCAGCGGAUGACAACACUUGCUGUACAAGGAAUCCCUAUAGUUGAUAUCCUUUGAAGCUGUGUUUCGAGUAAAUUUGGGCUCGGGUAAAUGGGUUUGUGGACGCUAUUAGAGGGUUGUCUGCUUCUUGCGAAUGCACUAGCAAUACUAAAUGAAGAUCGUUUUCUUGCUCCUCGUGGAUUGAGCUUCUCCGAGUUCUCAGGAGGUAGAACAAAGUCAUUCAAGGGGCAGCUUAUAGGCCUUAUCUACGCAACACAAUAUUUGAGGGUUCCUCUCAUAAUGCUCAAUGCAAUCUGUAUCUUUGUAAAGUUGGUAUCUGGAUGAUGACAAUGGGUUGCAGAGGUGACAUGUCGACUUCAAUUAUGAGAAAGGUUAUCUACCAGAUUGUUCUUGAUUUCUCUGUUGUAAUGUAACAGUGGGCUGCUCUAACUUCUGAAUUUGUUAGAAACAAAUGUUGCACCGUUUACAAAUUCUUUUGGGAGAUUCAUUGUCAAGGUAGGAGGAAAGGAAAGGAGAUAUGUCGGCUUAAUAGGGAUCCUUGGCAUGGUUUGAUAAAUACUUAUUAUAUUUAGGCUUAUUCGUUCUGUACGAUUUUUUAUAGUUAAUAUUGAAAGAACCGUUUGGCAUAUA